UAAGAGUGAGAUAAAAAGAGAGGGAGAGUACUCGAGUGACGUUUCCGAACGCAGCCAAGUUCAGCAGUGCAGCUGAAAAGAACAGAUCGACUGAGUACAGGCCUGGAAGAGAGGAGAGAGAGAGAGAAAACUUAAUAUAACCUUGUUUUGAAAUUGUCUGGAUUUGUGCUAAAUGACCACAAAUAUCUAUCCUCAGGGAAGGUCGAAAGCGCAGUAACUAAUCACCAAACUUAAAAAAAAAUCAUCUGAAUUUAUGAAUUUCGUGCGCGCAUAAAGGAAUUUGAGAUAAAUGGCUUGGAAACUAUAAUUAGUGAAAAUCAAGUGCAAUUAGUAUUGUUACGGAUUAAAAACUCUUAUGAUGAAUACUGAAACUUCCUUGGAAUUAAAUAUAGUUCAAGACGAUACAAAUAUUCUGAUUCCUUCAUAUUUUAGUAGUUCUUCAAGAGAGUUGGAAGAAGCAAAAAAUCCAAAUAUGUUUCAAGAAACAGAAAAUGACAUCACAAUAAAUGACAAAGAACUGAGAAAUAUAAAUUUAGAAAACACACAAUUGACAGAUUCUUCCUGUUUACAAGAAAAUGACAUCGUUAUAAAUGACAAAGAACUGAGAAAUAUAAAUUUAGAAGACACAAAAUCGACAAAUUCUUCCUGCUUACAAUAUGAUUGGUCUAUUGCACCAAAACUAUUAUAUGUAGCUACAGAGGAAUAUGAACCUACAAACUCAUCUGAUUUGAAAAUUCGUGGUUAUUCGGGUGAAAAUUUCCCAAAGGGAUGCCAAUGGUCCCCAGAUGGAACAUGUUUACUUGUACACUCAGAGAAUUUUAAGAUGUAUAUUUACGAGCUUCCUAGAGAAUUCUAUUCUAGCAAAGUACAACCUAAUUUUAUACCGAGCAAUUUUGCACCUGCUCUAACACUUAGAGAAGGUGGACCUAUAUAUGACACUUGUUGGUAUCCCUACAUGAAUGCAUGGGAUCCUUCAACUUGUUGUUUUUUGUGUUCUAGUCAAGAUUGUCCUACUCAUUUGUGGGAUGCAAUCACAGGAAAACUACUUUCGACAUAUCUAGCAUACAAUCAUGUUGACGAGAUAGAAGCAGCUAUAAGUUUUCAAUUUGUGAAUUCAGGAAGCGAGAUAUGGUGUGGUUUUAAAAAAGCUGUAAGAAUUUUUCAGACAAGUCGUUCUGGACGGCAAAUAAAGAAUAUCUAUUUUAAACAUGAUUUCCCAAAUAUGAGAGGACUGGUUUCGUGUAUACGUGAAAAUCCAACUAUGUCAGGUCUCGUUGCUUUUGGUUCAUAUUCUAACUGCAUUGGUCUGUACAAAGAUGAACCAAUAUGUACUUUUGAAACUAGUAGUGGUGUCACGCAAGUCGAAUUUAGUUCUUGUGGAACAAAACUCUAUUCUGCUGUUCGGAAAAACAAUGAAUUUUUAUGCUGGGAUCUUCGUAAUCCCGGGACUGUUCUUUAUUGUCUGGAAGGAAGGCAAUGUGAUACCAAUCAAAGAAUAAAGUUUUCCAUUACACCUGACAAUAAACAUAUAAUCUCUGGCGGCAAAGAUGGGAAUAUCACAGUAUGGGAAUUGCCAGACAAUAUUGCAGCAGAUAACAAUGAACAUUUAGAUCCAAAAUGUAAAAUAAAACUAUCUACAGAUUGUAUAAAUGGAAUAAGUUUGCACAACAAUUUACCUAUGCUAGCAACUAGUUCCGGACAGAGAAAAUGUGGUACCGAAAAUUUGCAAAGAGACGACAGUGUGAGAUUAUGGUGGACUUCUUGAUAUCACUAAUAGUAUAAAUAUCUGUUUAUUUGUAUAUUGACAAAGUGAUGAAAACAGAAAUAAGACUGCAAAUAUCUGUAUGUAAAAUAAUAUAAUCCCUAGCACAGAUGUUCAAGAGAUGUCCAGAGUACGACCUGAGAAUUUUCUAAGGAGAUUUCUACGUCCUUAGGAUAUUUCUGGGACGUCUCCAGGAGAUCUUGCACUGUGCAGGAUAUUAUAUUCAUAUACACACAUUAAACUAGGAACAGAAUAUUUCA